AAUAUCCGAAACAAAUGCAUACCGGCCCACGUGGACCACGGCAAGACCACCCUCGCCGACCACCUAAACGCUAGAGCCGGCGCCGGCGUCGUCCAUCCCAAACUCGCCGGCGGCCUCCGGUUCAUGGACUAUCUCGACGAGGAACAGAGGCGCGCCAUCACCAUGAAAAGCUCCUCCAUCUCUCUUAAAUACAAAGACCACUCCAUCAACCUCAUCGACUCUCCAGGCCACAUGGACUUUUGCAGCGAGGUCUCCACUGCCGCUCGAUUAAGCGAUGGCGCUCUGGUCCUGGUCGACGCCGUUGAGGGCGUCCACAUCCAAACGCACGCCGUUUUGCGCCAGGCUUGGAUUGAGAAGCUCACGCCUUGCUUGGUGCUCAACAAGAUUGACCGGUUGAUCUCCGAGUUGAAAUUGAGUCCCAUGGAGGCUUAUACGAGGUUAGUGCGUAUUGUUCAUGAGGUUAAUGGGAUUGUGAGUGCGUAUAAGAGCGAGAAGUACUUGUCUGACGUUGAUGCUAUACUUUCUGGGCCUUCUGGAGAUGUGGGUAGUGACCAAAAUCUCGCCUUUUUGGAUGUGGAGGAUGAUGAGGAAGAUACGUUUCAGCCCCAGAAGGGCAAUGUAGCGUUUGUGUGUGCUUUGGAUGGUUGGGGUUUUUGUAUUCGUGAGUUUGCUGAGUUUUAUGCUUCGAAACUAGGUGCGAGCACAGCUGCUUUGCAAAAAGCUCUGUGGGGACCCAGGUACUACAAUCCCAAAACCAAGAUGAUUGUGGGGAAGAAAGGUGUACCUGGUUUAAGUAAAGCCAGACCCAUGUUUGUUCAGUUUGUGCUUGAACCACUUUGGCAGGUUUAUCAGGCUGCUUUGGAAGAUGGUGAUGAUAAUAAAGUGAUGCUUGAGAAAGUAAUCAAGUCGUUUAAUUUGAAUGUACCACCUGAGCUUCAGAACAAGGAUCCUAAGGUUGUGCUUCAAGCUGUGAUGAGCCACUGGCUUCCUCUGUUUGAUGCAGUCUUGUCAAUGGUGGUUAUUAUGCCUGACCCAGUUGCAGCACAGGCAUAUCGAAACAGAUUGCUUCCCAAGAGACAGGUUCUGAGUGAUGGGGUUGAUCCCAACGCUCUUGCUGAGGCAGAGCUUGUGAGAAAAUCAGUUGAAGCUUGUGAUUCGAGGCCAGAAGCUCCUUGUGUUGCUUUUGUAUCCAAAAUGUUUGCUGUCCCAAUGAAAGUACUUCCAGAGGGGAUUACAUGGGGAAAUCAUAAACACCGUAAGUGAUGAGGGCAAGAGAUCAACAUCGAAAGCAUAUAUAUGACUCACUCUGUCCACUAAGGGCAGGGAACUCAACCAGGCUUGCUUUCGAUGCCUUGAACGUUUCAGGAGCUUGAUUGAAAAUUCCAGGGAAUCCAGAGAAUGUGAAGAAGGUUCCAUAAACUGUUCCGUUGGAAUUCGGUGGGACUAUAAAGUCAGAAAUGAUGUUAGGUUAGGAUCACUUGCUAGGGCCAUUUUGGAUGUGGCUAAGGCAAUGUACUAAUAUUAUUACUAAUUGAACAAAUCUCAUAGCAGCCAUUUUAGAUAACUUUUAAAAAUGGUUAUGAUUGAAGACCAACAAGCUGGGAUUGUAUAACUUGGUAGGGUUAAUAUGUAGGAGCUGAUCAGUUUCUAUUGUUGUCUGUGUGUUGCCA